UAGACCAAUUAGUGUGACUUCUUUUUCCAGGGUCGUUGUACAAGGGAGAACUGCAAGUACCUUCAUCCACCAACACAUUUAAAAACUCAACUGGAAAUCAAUGGCAGGAACAACUUAAUACAACAAAAAACUGCAGCAGCAAUGCUUGCCCAGCAAAUGCAGUUCAUGUUCCCAGGGACACCACUACAACCAGUGCCCACAUUUCCAGUGGGUCCGACAAUAGGAACGAACACGGCUAUUAGCUUUGCUCCUUAUCUAACACCAGUAACACCGGGAGUUGGCUUAGUCCCAACUGAGAUCCUACCCACGCCGCCUGUCAUUGUUCCUGGGAGUCCACCGGUUUCAGUCCCUGGUUCAACUGCUACCCAGAAACUCCUCAGGACUGAUAAACUGGAGGUGUGCAGGGAGUUCCAGCGGGGAAACUGUGCGCGUGGAGAGACUGAUUGCCGCUUUGCACAUCCGGCGGACAGCACAAUGAUUGACACAAACGACAACACCGUAACCGUGUGUAUGGAUUACAUAAAAGGUCGUUGCAUGAGGGAGAAAUGCAAGUAUUUUCACCCUCCUGCACAUUUGCAGGCCAAAAUCAAAGCGGCGCAACACCAAGCUAACCAGGCGGCGGCAGCUGCGACUGUGAUGACUCAGUCGACUGCCAAAGCAAUGAAGCGACCUCUCGAAGCAACUGUAGACCUGGCCUUUCCUCCUGGUGUUCUUCACCCUUUACCAAAGAGACAAGCACUUGAAAAAAGCAAUGGUGCCAGUGCCGUUUUCAAUCCCAGUGUCUUGCACUAUCAACAGGCUCUUGCCAAUGCUCAGUUGCAGCAACAUGCAGCGUUUAUCCCAACAGGGUCAGUUUUGUGCAUGACACCCGCUACCAGUAUUGUACCCAUGAUGCACAACGCUACGGCCGCCACUGUCUCUGCAGCAACAACUCCUGCAACAAGUGUUCCCUUCGCCGCAACAGCCACAGCAAAUCAGAUAAUCCUGAAAUAGCCAGCAGGAGUGGAACGGAGUGUCACGAAGCCUCCCUGCGGACGGCCAAGCACGGCUACUGUACAUGCUACCCCGUCUCCUCCUCUCUAGAGUUGCCACAAACUGCAUGCUAAGUCAAGAAUUUGUUCUUAUGGACAAAUCACAAACUCGAAAAAGCUAGUGCUGCUAUGUCAUAUAUGAAUAUUAAAUAUGGUAUGCUUACUAUACUCCAACCUAAAAUAGUUAACUACCUGAUACCAGCUGUGAUGUUUCAAGACAUAAAGGGUAACAUUUAGUUUUAAAGAUUUUCUAAGCAUAGUUUAAUUCUCGCAAAUAUUGUCUUUUCUCCAUAACUUUACCUAACAGAAAUAGUCCAGUUAAUUUAGUCUCGUGAGAUUGUUUAUGAAUCUUUCGAGCUCAGCAAUAAUUGAGUUAGAUUGGCGAAAAACUUAUCCCAGUUGCAAGUUUAGUUUUCACCCAAGCUAUGAUUGGGAUUUUUCUUCUCGGUAAAAAAAAAACUUGGUUUUGCUCCCCUAGCGAGUGGAUUCCAAGACAGAGGAAGUGAAACACAGCCCAGUGUCCUGCACAUCACCCUGCUAAUCUGAAUAUUUUUAGACAGAAGUCCAAAGUAAAGCACAAAUUCUUUAGAUGCACAUGGUUGGUGUUUAACUUGUAUGGAGAAGCUGCAUUUGAAUCAUAGCAGAAUAGCAGAAGAAAAUUUAAAAAUUUUGCACAGUAUGAACUUCGUACCCCUUUCAACCCCCAAAAGAACAAAGUCUUGAGAAUAUUAUUUUAUGAGUAUAUUUAUAAUGUUUUUAAAAGAGACUUUGCAGAAGUGCCUAAAUUUUGUCACAUCAGACUUGAUGAAAGUGAGCCUGAUGCCAACAGUCAAAUCUCACCAGAAGCGAAUAAUCUUUCAAACUCAUAGUCAGGUUACCAAAAAGAUCUGUUAAGAAGUAACUUCUAGAAGUAUAAAAUCAAUCAAACAAACAAACAAAAGACUAACAAAAGAAAAGGUGAAAAAGAAGGCUGUAGAUGAAGAGAUUUAUAUGACACUCUAAUUUAAUUAAAAUUCAGUUGAGUCACUGAAACUUCAUAGGUGACUUUAAUCUAGGCUAUUAACUGAACGCUAAGAAUGUAGAAUGAGAUUCAGUUUAAUAAAUCAUUACUGUAUUUGCAUUUUUUUAAUUGGAUUAUAAGAUUGUAACCAGAUUAGAGUGGAGAAAAAAAUAGUACUUUUAAUUGUUUUUCUUUAAAAACAUAUUUUAUGUCACUAAAGUAUGAAGAUAUCUUUAAUACAGUUAUAUACAUAUUAUAUAUACAUACAUACAUAUAUAUGGAUGAAGCAGAUUUUAAUGUUGUUUACUUUUUUAAAUACUUUGUUGAUUUACAAGGUAAUUAUAUAUGUAUAAUUAAAAUUUCAUUUGUUUGAUUUAAGAUUUGUUUCAAGCACUAUUGUACCAAAUAUUUCAUAUUUCACAUUUUAUAUGUUGCACAUGUAUCACAUAAAUUACAUAGUUUUUAAAUUAUUGUUUUAAAAAAACAAGACAGCUGUUAUAAGUGGAUAUUAUGUAUAAUUGUUUGCAGCAUAAGUUUUCUAUGUGGACAUUAUUAGUGAUUGCAGUAUUUUAACUUAACCUCUUCAGAUUGAUUGUAAACUAUUUUAAACUUUGGUAGCACUGCCUGUUCUGAACGACUGAAGGCACUAACCAUAGAAUUGUUUGUCUAGGAAAUUAUUUUCCAGGCUAAAUCUUGUUUGUCCGAUGUCUAAUUACUAUCUAUUUAUAUAUAAAGCUGGAGAUUUGAUCAUCCGGAAGGAAAAAAAAAAAUCACAAUUCGAUUGUAAAAUUAACAUAGUGCUUGUAACGUUGCAUUAGUUUUAAUUUGUGGAAAAAUAAUGUAUCUUAACUUGUUACUUUAGCAGUUAAGGUAUCACCAUUAUAUACUAUGAAAACACUAAUAUUUGUAGACUUUCUCAGUCAUUAUAACUAGGUAGUUGACACUGCAACUUGCCUAUAUCUGUCAAAGUUGUUUUUAUUUUUUUAUAAUAGUUAAUUUAGGCAUUUGGGUAGCUUACUGUAUAAUACUAAAUGGUAAAUUAUCCAUGUUGUUUAAAUAUUUUAUGUAGAUAACUCUUCAAGACAUUGUUUUGUGUGAACUUUUUAUGUUUCAAAAUAACUGUUAUUCUAUGUUUUUUACAAUUAAUCCAAUACUACUAUUUUUGCCCAUGGAUGACGAAGCUUCAGAUACAUCAGGUCUUUCAUCCAGAUAAACUGACAGACAAAAAGAGAAAAUGUAUUUUUAAUAAGAGAUCCACUUUCCGACUUUAUGACUUUGUAAUAUUCCUGAAAACUGUACAAGUACAAACCUAUGCUAACAGUAAGGAGGCAAUUACAGAGAUGUGCAAAUAUGUGUACAACAGAUUCUGCAUUUUAUUUAUUUAUAAAGUAAUUUUAUAGACUAUUUCAAAAUUUGGGAAGAUCUAAAACUAUUUUUCUGUAUAAAUAUUAUUUGCCAAAACUUUGUUUAUAUUUUAAAAAAAGUCUAAAGAAAAUGAUUAAAUUUUAAAUGCUUUGUUUAAUUAAAAAAACUACAACAAAUAAAACCCCCUAAAAGAACCAUGAGAUGGGCCAACACAGAGACAGUGAAUACUGUAGCUGGGACAUGGUUUCAAGUUACUUGAGAUGUCUCAGUGUUUAUUUUCUUCAAAGGAUACAGCACCUCACCAAAAUACCUUUUUGUUUGCCUCUCUCAUCCAGCAUAAUUGACAACGCGUACAAUAUUUCAAGUAACAGUUAAAAGAAACCCCCUCCAUUCACUCUUUUUCCGCAUAUAACUACUAGUGGUCUGUUAAAUAGCCAUUCUACUUCUGUUGUGACGUUAAAAUUCAUUCACCCAAUGUACAACCACUGAAAUAAAAAGAAGCAUUUUAAAAUGA